UUACACGUUUACUUUGGUUGGUUCGUGUAAUUCAGAAUCAUGUUUAUUGAGUUUUUAACGGUCUGUUUUGUGUGGUCAGUGGAUUUUUUGUACGUAUUUGAAAAAUCUGUUUGGCUUUACUUUUGGAAAAAAGCGAAGGGGGAGUAAAGCCGUUAGAUUUUCGGUUCACUUUACCGAAUUUUCUAAGUUUUGCCGAAUCUUUCGUCGUGAGAAUUUGUAUUGGCAAGUUCAGGAUUUUUUACAUUCUGUUUUUGUUGGUAUAUCUGUAAACUGCAAGUUGAAGCUUUCGUUUGGUAAACGAUCUAAACGGGGUUAAAAUAUUUUCAAGAUUUUUGAACGUGCUCCUAUAAUAAAUGUAACCCUCGGUCGCUUUAAAAUCAUAUUGCUUUGUGAAGCUACAAAACGAUUCACUAGCCAGGAAUUUGGUUUAAAAAAUAACGAAACUUGGCGAAUACUGUACGGUAGGCUUGUGUGCUCCAGAGAUGGCCUCCGCCGUGCUGUCGUCCGUGCCCACCACUGCCUCCCGCUUCGCCCUGCUGCAGGUGGACAGUGACAGCGACUCGGAUUCGGAGCCCGGGAAGGGCAAGGCUGGCCGGGAAGCAGGCAAGUCCCGCUCCGGCAAGUCAGCCGGGGGCAAGUCCAGCAGCAGCAGCAGCAGCGAGAAGAAGAAGGACAAAAAGAAGAAGAAAAAAGGGCAGCAGCAGAGUGAAGCCAAUGAGCUGAGAAGCCUCGCUUUCAAAAAGCUCCCCCAGAAGUCCUCUGUGCCAGCAUCCACGGUCAGUCUGCAGAACAUUGCUGCUGACCUCAUCCACAGCUCUUCAGAGCAGCAGGCCCCCGAGGCCGGCUGGCAGCAGUGGAAACAAAGGGAUGAACAGUUAACAAGUGAUCUUUAUGAAGCAGAUCUGGAAAAGGCCUUAAUUUUAAGCAAACUGGAAUAUGAAGAGCAUAAACAGGAUUAUGAAACAGCGGAGACAACCUCACCGAAGUCCAAAGGUGCAGGGAAGAAAGAUAAAAGAAAAAAUCAGCAGGGUAAAGACAAACCACUCACUGUGUCCUUAAAAGACUUCCAAACAGAAACACAUAUAGAUCAUCUUAAUAAGAAGCAAGAAGAAUCAAAGUCUGUCAACCCAGUAGUCCAUGAUGACAAAUUCUUCAACAAACUGGAAGAUGAUGUCAGUAAAAUAUUACUUAAAGAGAAGAGAAGGGAGCAGUUCACCAGCACUAGUGGCACUGAAAUCACUGCGUCUGUUGAGCAAGAAUUGGAUGUAAGAGCUGAACAGCUUAAGUAUGAACUGGAAAAGAAAGACUUGGAAAUAGAAAAAUUAAAGAAGAUUAUCUCACAGUGGGAGGUCAAAUAUAAAGAAGUGAAAGCAAGAAAUGCACAACUUUUGAAGAUGCUUCAACAGGGGGAAAUGAAGGACAAAGCAGAAAUAUUAUUGCAAGUUGAAGAGCUGAUGAAUAUUAAGGAAGAGCUAUCAUCACAGGUGACUUCAUUGCAUGCAGCCCUUGAACAAGAAAAGUCAAAAGUAAAGGGAUUACAGUCUGAACAGCCAAAGCACCAUCAGGGAAACAAGAAAGGUAAAAAGUCUGAAUCUGAUAUUUGAAGACCAAUGAGGGAAUACACAGCAAAAAAAAAAAUCUCUACAGGGUGAUAUCACUAAAAAAUUGUACUUCACUUUCAAACUGUAAUUGCAGCAUUUAAUUUCUGGGAUGUUAUUUGCUUGAAAUAUUAAACCCUGGUAUUUAAAUGGAAGGGGUAAAGUUAUUCCUUGAAUAAAGUGAAUAUUUUUCCCA